AGUGUAUAUUGUGUUUUCAUCUUUACUCUCUCUGACUUAGGAACCAAGUCAAAAGUUGAUGAAUUGAAGAUUGUAUAUGAUCGUGAAGAGUCUCCAAAUCUGGAGGAUUAUGAUGCAAAUACAGUGGCCAGCCUCUUGAAACAAUACCUUCGUGAGCUCCCAGAAAACAUUCUUACCAAGGAACUUUUGAUGAAGUUCGAAGAUGCAUGUGGGAAAGGCACAGACAGUGAAAAAGUCCAGGAGUGCCAGCGCCUGCUAAAGGAACUGCCUGCAGCUAAUUACCUCCUCUUUACUUGGCUUAUUAUCCAUAUGAACCAUGUCAUUGAAAAAGAAAGUGAAACAAAAAUGAACAUCCAGAAUAUUUCUAUUGUUCUUAGUCCUACUGUUCAGAUCAGCAAUCGCGUACUGUACCUGCUUUUCACUCAUGUCAAAGAGCUGUUUGGGGAGAAAGAGCUAAAACCAGUCGUGAAACCACUUCGCUGGUCUAACGUGGCAACAAUGCCGGUCUUACCCGAGACACAAGAGAGUAUUAAAGAAGAAAUUCGGCGGCAGGAAUUCCUGUUGAAUUGUUUGCACAGAGAUUUGCAAGCUGGCAUAAAGGACUUAUCCAAAGAAGAGAGGCUGUGGGAAGUGCAACGGAUUUUAACAGCACUGAAGCGGAAACUUCGUGAAGCUAAAAGGCAGGAAUGUGAAACAAAGAUUGCCCAAGAAAUAGCUAGCCUUUCAAAGGAAGAUGUUUCUAAAGAAGAAAUGAAUGAGAAUGAAGAGGAAGUUAUUAAUAUUCUCCUGGCUCAGGAGAAUGAAAUCCUGACAGAACAGGAGGAACUGCUGGCCAUGGAGCAGUUUUUACGAAGACAGAUUGCAACUGAGAAAGAGGAGAUUGACCGGCUCAGAGCAGAGAUUGCAGAAAUUCAGAGUCGCCAGCAACAACAUGGCCGAAGUGAAACGGAGGAAUACUCUUCCGAAAGUGAAAGCGAAAGUGAGGAUGAGGAAGAGUUGCAGCUCAUCCUGGAGGACCUUCAGCGACAAAAUGAAGAGUUAGAGGUGAAGAACAACCACCUGAACCAAGCAAUCCAUGACGAGCGAGAGGCCAUCAUUGAGUUGAGAGUGCAGCUUCGACUGUUACAGAUGCAGAGACUGAUGCAGGAGCAGCAGACUCAGGAUGAUGGAGAGGAGCGGGGAGAUAAUGCCACUAGUGCUCUUCAGCACAGGGAUGCUGUGAGCGAUGCCAGAAUUGCACAUGAGCAGCCCAAGUCUGUGAAGGAAGCCUUGAAACCAUCUCCAAGCAAAGACCAUAAGGAGACUUCAAUCUGAAGAGUUCCAGGCAAUUUGUUGCAUUGCAGCUGCACUUAACAAAACUUUGACCAGAAAGCUGUACAAGCGGUGAACUGUAAACAAUUGUUAUCAUCUUUUUCUACAGUUCAUUUUUGGUAAAUAAGUUACAAUGUCCCAAGUAUAAAGUCGAAAGCCAUGAGGUGAAAUGGUGUUGGUAAGCACAUGAGACAAAUCUUCUGAGUUUUUUUUUAAAAUGGAGAUAUGGGGUUUUGUUUUGUUUGAAAAGGACUGUGAAAAGUCUCUGGGCCACUUUUGUUUUGUAAUUAUGCAUGUGGAAAGUACUUUAUUUUAAAUUGAAUUUUCCCUAUUAAAUAAAAAUCUAUAUUUCUAGCUGAGGAUCAGUCAGUGGCAGGAAUGUUCAGAGUAGAGGCCUUUAAACGAUGAAAACGGAUGAAUGAUGAACUGAAUUGUCACGAUGAGCAAAGCUGAUAAAUAUUAUGUGGUUGUCAGUAAGUUCUCUUUUGUUGGCUUUACUUUUAUAAACUCAGUAUUUUGUCAUGAAUUGAUUUGAUGGAAUAUAUGCAGAGUUCACAGUAAUACCAACCUGAAAUUAGAUUGUGCCCUGGACUUCUGAUAACUCCUGCUUUUGUACAGUUGUUUGCACUGAUCCAUAAUUUAAAAUAAAAAUAAUAAAUGCUCAUGCAGAGAUGCAUGUGUUGAACAUUCCAGAGCUAGCUGAGGCUUUUGUGAAGCAUAUUUCAGCUUGAGAGGGCGGACAUUUCCAUGAACGCAAUCUCAGCUCAAUCGUUCAAGUGCCAUUAUCUUACUAAUUAUUGCCACUAAUGACAAAGAGUGCCUGGUGCAAAUGUCAAGGUAAUUUGAAUUUUCAUCGUCACUUGAUUAUCCAGUCUAUCUGCUGUUCGAAUAUUAGGUAUCUGCUUUCAAUUUUCUUUUGUGUAAUUCAUUCACAAAAAUAAAAAACCUUUCAAACUUCA